AAGUAAGAAAAAGAAUUGAAUCAAAUGAAUCAACAUCUCUCUAUGUAAUCUCCACCGCCACGGCGCCACCCCGCUCUCUCUCCGUUCAGCUGCACGCCGCCGCCCCGAACUUGCCGGCGAAGUCGCCGGAAGUCCACGCAUCUUACCCCAAUUCCCAAUUUCCAUUAGUUUUUCUCCAUUUCAGAAAUUGAAUUUCAAAACCACAUCAACUCAACAUCCAAAAUACUGCAAUUCGAGGCUAUGAGACCUGAAGAUAAAAUGAGCCACCAAGGAAAACAUAGAAUCUUAAUGGUAUCUGACUUUUUCUACCCCAACUUCGGUGGAGUAGAGAAUCACAUUUAUUAUCUAUCUCAGUGUUUGAUGAAACUCGGCCACAAGGUGAUAGUUAUGACCCAUGCUUAUGGAAAUCGUUCUGGAGUGCGAUACAUGACUGGUGGUUUGAAAGUUUAUUACGUCCCGUGGAAGCCAUUUCUAAUGCAGAAUACAUUGCCUACAUUUUAUGGAACACUUCCAAUCAUAAGAACAAUACUGAUUCGAGAGAGAAUAACAUUAGUGCAUGGACACCAAGCCUUUUCAACUCUGUGUCAUGAAGCUCUGAUGCAUGCACGCACAAUGGGAUACAAAGUUGUAUUUACUGAUCAUUCCCUUUAUGGCUUUGCCGAUGUGGGAAGUAUUCACAUGAACAAGGUUUUACAAUUUACUCUAGCCGAUGUCAGCCAGGCUAUAUGUGUAUCACAUACGAGUAAGGAAAAUACAGUGUUGAGGUCUGGACUGCCACCUGAAAGGGUUUUUGUUAUUCCAAAUGCUGUGGAUACGGCAAUGUUCAAGCCUGCUCCAGUGCGACUCAGCAAUCAUGAAAUUGUUAUAGUUGUGAUAAGUCGGUUGGUCUACCGAAAAGGGGCUGAUCUACUUGUUGAAGUCAUCCCUGAAGUUUGUCGUUUGCAUCAAAAUGUAAGGUUCAUAAUCGGUGGCGAUGGACCUAAAAGAGUGCGGCUGGAAGAGAUGAGGGAAAAGCACUCUCUUCAAGAUCGGGUUGAUAUGUUGGGUGCUGUCCCACAUGCUAAAGUACAGUCUGUUUUGGUUACAGGACAUAUCUUCUUAAAUAGUUCCUUAACAGAAGCGUUCUGUAUAGCGAUAUUGGAAGCAGCUAGUUGUGGAUUGCUGACUGUCAGUACACGAGUCGGUGGUGUCCCAGAGGUUCUUCCAGAUGACAUUAUUGUUCUUGCGGAGCCAGAUCCAAAUGACAUGGUAAUGGCAAUCACAAAAGCUAUAGAUUUGCUUCCCCAGAUUGAUCCAGAAGAAAUGCACAACCGUAUUAAAAAACUAUACAGUUGGCAUGAUGUUGCUAAAAGGACGGAGAUUGUGUACGAUCGUGCUCUCAAAUGUUCCAAUCAGUCCCUCAUAGAUCGUCUACCCAGGUACCUAUCUUGUGGUACAUGGGCAGGAAAGCUCUUCUGCAUGGUCAUGAUAAUCGAUUUUCUGUUAUGGCGACUGCUCCAGCUGUGGCAGGCUGACAGGAACGUUGAGGUUGUGCCCGACAUUAAUCUCACAAGUCCUCGCGGUGGAGAAGAAAAGUGGAAUUUGGGUGCAGAUGAGAAGGAGAUAUGAGCAGUAGUUAUGGGUACGAUUGCAAUAUAAGUUGAGCAUUGUGGAGUUUUAGUGGAACUAGGCUACGUAUAAAAGAAGAUCAAAAUUUUGUUCAGCCUUUUUUUUAAAGAAAAAUUUGUUAUUAUUACA